UCCGGGAAUGUAGUUUUGGUUACAGUGUUCACACUAUUUAUGAAUUGCAUUAUAGAUAUAUAGAGAGUGAUGUCAUGUGAUAUUUGGGAAAAAAGCAAAACAUUGCACUUAUUGACGAAAAUAUAAUUUAAUGUAAAUGUAUGGCAACUGUGAAUGCAAUUACAUUACAUUAUUAAUAAUACUUUGAAUCUAUAACUUGUUAUUGUAUUGAAUGAAACAAAGAAAUAUUUGAUUGUAUUUUCCAUCUAUUGUUUGCUGACAUUUGUUAACAUCUGAUCCAUACUUUUGACCACAAAUUGUCUCAAUUACUGGUUAAUCAAUUGCCAUAAAUAGUGGUAAACAAAACACUGUUUGUUUGACUUAUUGUUUACCAACACUUGUGAAUCACACAAACACAUCCAUUGUUGAAGAUAUCAUUGGAUGUAAUUGUGGUGAUCUUCAUAGUUAUCAUUAACUAAUUAUUGAUGAUAUUUUCAAUUUGUUUUAACUAAUAAAAAGACUGAAUCGACUAUUUAAUAAAAUUAAUUAUUUUGAAAAUUAUCUGUUUUGUCGACAUUUUGGUGAUAUUUUCAGAGAUCAUUACAAAAUAAAAGCCAUUGUUAAGGAUUACGAUUAUUUUGUUGGAUUUUCAACCGAAUAUUACAGUAAAAGGACGUCCAGAGACCAGAAAAUAUACUUUUGGAUCAUAAGAUCAUUCCUUAAUAUAUACACUAUUACUAGUGAUCUAAAAAAGAAAUAGCAGUUCUAUAAUAGUAUAUUAAGACACCAGUGUUGGUGUGUGGGUGUCGUCAUCUAAAGAUUGAAAUAUAUAUAUAUAUUAUCAUUUGAAGUCACAAGUGGAGCAUACAUUUACCACAUAACUAUCAAUCACUGGUCUUCAAUUACAGACACCAAUUGAUAAUAUUGGAUAAAUGGUAGAACUUGACUCCAGUCAGACAAACACAUCAAAACCAAUAGAGACAGACAUUUUGGAUAAUCAAUUAAACGGUGGAACAGAUGAUGUUUCACAUGAAGAACCAGUUGACUCGAUUACUAACAAAUACUUAUUUAAACUUUGUUUACCGCAAUCACAAUCCCAACCGCAACAGCAACAAAAAGUGAUGGCUUUACACAAUAACAACGAUAAUAAUAUUACUUGUUCUCAACAAAACUCAAGAAAUAUCAAUAUAGAGAGCGACCGAUUCUGGUUCGACCAAAAUGUCGAAAAUUGUCGAAAUCAAAAUAAAGUGAAUCUAUCGGCUCUUAAACACGACCACCCUUUGAUUGCUUCAGCAGUAGAUAAUAUGGGACACAAGAGUGGUCUCUGUAGUAACGAAAGUAUUUUAGUGGCAUCGCUGCCACCAUCUGAACCACAGACUCUAUCACUAACGGCCCAACAAUUUGAUACAACUGAUUAUAGCUGUGACAAGAAAUCUCUGUGCAUACCAUAUGGUUAUUGUUAUGACGAUGAAAAACUGUCACAAAGUCAGUCACAAUUAUCACUUAAUAUCCCUGACUUGAAGAGCCCAUUAUCAAUCACUAAUGAUAGUGAUUCCGAUUGGAUGUGUGAUUCAACAAAUGUUUACUACAAUGGUGUUAAUGUCAUGGGUUAUUCAUAUAAUAUCGAUAAUAUGGAAAAUGAAUAUAAUUUGGAAAAUGUGUUUCAAGUGGACAAAGCAGACAUCAAGACUGGUCCAACAUUGGCUCAGCUCAAUGCCAGUCUCGAUGCGUGGGAUAACAUCGAUUUAGAUGAACUACUAGACAGCGCUCAAAUGGAUAGUAAAUAUAGAUCUAAGUUUGGCUAUAAUAAUGGUCAACGAGUGAAUACCAAUUUGGCUAUUAAUUCAUUGGAUCACGAAUAUGACCCAAAACUGCAGGAAAAUAUUGAAUACUUGAUUUCGUAUAUGAAAACUCCGAUAAACAAUGUCAAUACAACUCCAUUAUUAUCUCAAACAGUGACCGCCAACAGUAAACCUCUUCUCAAUCCUAGUCUUAACACAAUUACAAUUCAACCGCAGACUGUAUAUGAAGUAACGCCGAGCACAUCAAAAGUUUCCCAAAUAAGUGCAACAAUCAAUAAUAAUGAUAAUAGCAAUGGUCUGACUAUGAACUCAAUCUCUAACAAUUGCAAGUCAACUGUUUUAGGUGCUCUUUUGGGUGGACCUACCGGUAAACAAAAGAUAAUAACUAAUGAAAAAGCACAGCCAAUGCCUCAGACCUCAUCCACAGUGAUCUCUCAAACGAAACCUAUGAUCAAUGGAGAAGUGUUGACUCGAGUCAGAAAUAACUCGAUUAGCACCGAAUACAGCGCCUCUUCUCAUGACGAGGGCUUUGGCUCUCAACCGGAAGAUUCGGACAAUGAAGAAGAUAUGGACUCUGAUGAUGAAUCAUUUUAUGGUGAUUAUGAUGCUUCCGACCUAUUGGGUGCCACAACUUCUGAUGAUGCAAAUAAUAAAUGGUCACUUAAUAUGGGUCGAUCCAGAAAAGGUGGUGAGAAACGAUAUUUUUGGCAAUACAAUGUCCAAAGUAAAGGACCAAAAGGCACUAGAAUUGCUUCAGUUGAAGAAACGAGUGAUCCGCAUAUAUUUAAUGAGAUCAGCGAUCCUGUCUUUGCACCCGAUUGUCAGGUCGAAGGAGUUAAGCACUCGGGAAAGGCUCGACGCGGAGAUGGCAAUGAUUUGACACCUAAUCCAAGAAAAUUGUUGAUGAUUGGACUGGAGUUGAAAAAGUUAAGUAAAAUUAUUAACGAUUUGACACCAGUUGCUGAGGUUCCAGUCAGUUCUCGAGGAAAGUCACGUAAAGAGAAAAACAAGUUGGCGUCGCGCGCCUGUAGACUCAAGAAAAAGGCACAACACGAGGCCAAUAAAAUUAAAUUAUUUGGCCUACAAAUGGAGCACAAGAGGUUUAUGGCACUAUUGAUCGACGCUAAGAAAAUUAUCCGCAAUUAUGCCCAAAACCAACCUAAUGGUGACACGAAUGCCUCCAAAACAUUGGAAAAUCUUAUAAAACAAAAGGGGUCUAAUGUUUUCGUGGCCGGUAAGACCAGUGAGUUCGUCAAUCAUAUCCUCGACAACGUGGCGGCCGGUAUUACUAAUGGCGGUUUGGAUAAAGUCUAAACAUAUUGCUUUCAAAUUAAAUGCAUUGCUUAUUAUUGAUAUUUUUUGGUUAUUCAUAAAACUAAUCAUUUUUUAACACUCAUCAAAAAAAUGUUAUUCUAAACAAAAAUGAAUUUUAUUAUAUUUAGCAAACAUUUAAUUUUCAAAUUAUAGACUAUUUUAUAUAGUGAUUAAUAAUGAAAAAUUCAUUUUACUAUAUCUGAAAAAUUUAUCAAUGCUUCCUUUUUUUUCAAAAUUAUUAAUGUAUAUAAUUUGGCAAACUAUAUGAGUCGCGGCAAUCAAACAAAAUCAUAAAAACUAAUUUAAAUUAUGAGGAAAUUAUCAAACAAAUUGAAGUAAAGGUGCAAAGUGUCCGUAACUGACUGUGAUAGCUAUGAGUAGUAAGAGAUGUGAUGAAUAUUUUUAUCAUAAUUGAUAUAUUAAUGUAAUCGACACAUUAGACACUGUAAUAGAAAUCUUAUUCAAUAUAAUAUAUAAUUACAUUUAUUAUACCUGUAUAUUAUGUUUUUCAUAUAUUAUUUACAUAUAUAUAUUCAUGCAUACAUUU